AUGCUACAAUUAUAUACAGUGUUGAUAUUGUUACAAACUGUAUUAUCUAGAACAAUUUCACCAAUCAUAAUUACUCGACCACUGAGCCGAGUGGAAUUCUCAGAUCUCCUCUCUGAAUAUAAUCAAAAUUAUGCCGAUGAUUCCAAUGAAUCAGUUGAGAUAGAUGUAUUCUUGGAUAUUAUUCACGCUGAAUGGAUAUAUAAUAAAUUGUACAUGGUACUAGAGAUUAUACAGUCAUGGAAAGAUAAUCGCCUAAAAUUUUCUGGCGAUUCAACAGUUACAGUCCCUCGAGGUACUGAACUUUGGAUGCCAGAUACAUACUUUGUAGAUUCAGUAAAAACAUCGUGGCAACAAGAAUCAUCCAUACGGCUGCGAUAUGAUGGAAUGCUUUUUAAGAAACAACGAGCAAGUAUAUAUGUUGCAUGCAAUGAAACAAACUUGAAUUCUAAUCAAGUAUCUUCUAAACUUUUUGAUUCAUAA